CGUUGCUGUUCACCUUUCUGCUGUCUCAACUUAUGGAUAUCAUUGUGAACGUCGACAAUACCGACGACUUUACUGAUACUUUCUACGUCAUGCUUGCCAUGGUCAUGUCUUGUUGUAAAAUGAUUGGUCUUUUGGUAAAUCGCAAAAAUAUAAGAAUAUUAACCAAUAUUCUUACCCAGAAACCAUUCAUCCCAUUGGAGGCUGACGAAAUAGAAAUUCGCCACAAGAUCGACAAAACAAUACAGAACAACACUCUAUGGUACACAAUUUUGUUCGAGUCGACGAUUGCAUGCAUCGUGUUGACAUCAUUAUUCACGAAUUUUCGUAAAGGAAAUUUAACGUACAGAGAAUGGACCCCGCUUAACUACACAUCCGAGGUGUUAUUUUGUGUCAUGUACACUCGACAGUUAAUAAGCUCGACUGUCGGCUCCAUGGUGAACGUAGCAUGCGACAGUUUAAUUUGUGGUUUAUUAUUGCACGUAUGCUGUCAGAUCGAAAUACUGGAGUGCCGGUUGAAAAAAGUCUCCCUCGGCCAAAACAAUCUGCGUGAAUGUGUACGUCAGCACGACUGUAUAUUUAAAUUUGCAUUAAUGGUGAACGAAAAAUUCAAAAUUAUUAUAGCCAUUCAAUUUGUGGUGAGUACGCUGGUGGUGUGCUCCAACUUAUAUCAAUUGGCGAAGAUGACGUUGAGUGCCCAAUGCUUUCCAUUGAUAUUAUACACAUGCUCCAUGCUAACACAGAUUCUUAUCUAUUGCUGGUAUGGAAACGAAGUGAAGCUAAAGAGUGUUCAACUCGCCGCUAAUAUCUUUGGAAUGGGUUGGUUGACAAUGAAGCAAAGCAGAAAACAGAAUUUAUUAAUAAUUAUGAUUCGUUCAUUAACACCGAUUGAAUUUUCUAGCGCGUACAUUCUCACAAUGAAUCUCGAUUCUUUUGUAGGCGUGAGUAUAACAAGUCACUAAAUAAUUAAUAAUUAAUU